ACGGAGACCAAGGAUGGAACGGAAAAGUGCUCUCCAAGAGGAGUUCUAGAAGAUUGCUCUGUUGGCGUAGAAUCUGAAACUUCUUCCAAGGCAAGCACUUCAAAUAGCUAUGAAUCUGAAGCAACUUCUCCCAGGGCCAGCACUUCAGGCUCAGAAGGGCAACCGAACGCCACCACUCCCUGGCGUGACUUCCUUCGCGUAUUUAAAAAGGGACCUGCAGCGAGCUGCCAUCCCCUCCCUCCUCUGAAGAAAGAUACACCAAAGCUAAGUAAACGGAAAAGCAGAAGCAGAAGAUUCAGAGAGGAGAUUGUUCCAACUCUAACUUCUCCACUAGAUGGUGAAUUCUGCCAUUUCAAAUCUUCUUGGAAGAACUUUUCUCUCUCAGAGCUCCAUACUGCAACUGAUACUUUUAGCCAAGAAAAUUUAAUUGGAGAAGGAGGCUAUGCUGAAGUUUACAAAGGGAAAUUGGAAGAUGGGCAGUUCGUUGCAAUUAAACGGCUGACCAGAGGUUCACCAGAAGAUAUGACUGUCGAUUUCUUAUCGGAGCUUGGGAUUAUAGUCCAUGUUGACCAUCCUAAUAUUGCCAAAGUGAUUGGAUAUGGGGUUGAAGGGGGGAUGCAUCUUGUCCUUGAAUUAUCUGCCAAUGGGAGCCUUGCAUCUUUACUUUAUGGCCCCAAGGAAAAGCUGGACUGGCGAAUCAGAUAUAAAAUUGCCCUUGGAACUGCUAGUGGCCUUCUGUAUCUUCACGAGGAGUGCCAGAGGAGAAUCAUCCACAAAGAUAUCAAGGCUUCCAAUAUAUUGCUAACAGAGGAUCUUGAGCCCCAGAUUUCAGAUUUUGGGCUUGCAAAAUGGUUACCAGAGGAGUGGUCUCAUCACACUCUAUCAAAAAUUGAAGGCACUUUUGGUUACCUUCCUCCUGAAUUCUUCAUGCAUGGAAUAGUGGAUGAGAAGACAGAUGUUUAUGCUUACGGUGUUCUGUUAUUAGAGCUCAUUACUGGAAGGCAAGCCUUAGAUAGUUCACAGCACAGUCUUGUAAUGUGGGCCAAGCCUUUGCUACUGAAUAACAGCAUAGAGGAGCUUGUUGAUCCAAUCCUCGCAGAUGCCUAUGACUCAGAACAGAUGGAUCGUCUGGCAUGUACAGCUUCUAUGUGCAUACAUCAAUCUCCUUCAGAGCGACCUCAAAUGAGCCAUGUUGUAAGGGUUUUGCAAGGAGAUGAAAGCAGUUUUGAAGAAUUAAAGCAACGACAAAGGACACCCUCGAUUGAAGACCUCUACGAUGCAGAUGAAAACGAUUCGACAGAGUAUCUGAGAGAUCUCAAUCAACAGAUGGAGGUGGUUUUGAGCAACUGUAAUGAAAAGUUCGAAGAACACGGGCGAUCAACUGAGUGCCUUGAUGAUCCGAAUCAACAGGAGGAGGGAGUGGCUGUUCAGAGCCGUUCUGGGAUCUAAACCAUAUCUUUUUCUCUUCACAGGGUGUUGACCCCAGGAUGUCAUUGCUCUCCUGAAUCUUUAUUCUGACAGGACUCACCAUUGGAUCCAAAAGAGCUUGGAAAAGCAGAAAAAUAUGAAAGCCAGGAAAGCAACUGUUGAGACCAUGUAAACAUGUUUCUGUCCUGGUAAUGCUUGCUUGCUUCAUGUAUCAUUACAAUUCUCUGUCAUCGGUAGUUCUUACUAGCUGUGAUCUCCGCGCUACACUGUAGGCAUCAAGUGUUGAUUGUGCAUUUGUGUAAUAUCUUUUUUGCUAUGAAAUGAAAGGUAAGUUCGC